AUGCAGUUCAUGCUGCUGUUCAGUCGUCAAGGCAAGCUCCGGCUGCAGAAAUGGUACGUGCCUCUGUCUGACAAGGAGAAAAAGAAGAUCACCCGAGAGCUGGUGCAGACCGUCCUGGCUCGGAAACCUAAAAUGUGCAGCUUCCUGGAGUGGAGAGACCUAAAGGUUGUGUACAAGAGAUACGCCAGCCUGUACUUCUGCUGUGCCAUAGAGGACCAGGACAAUGAGCUCAUCACACUGGAAAUCAUCCACAGAUACGUGGAGCUGCUGGAUAAAUACUUCGGCAGUGUUUGUGAGCUUGACAUUAUUUUCAACUUUGAGAAGGCCUACUUCAUUCUGGAUGAAUUCCUGCUGGGCGGGGAGGCUCAGGAGACGUCCAAGAAGAACGUGCUGAAGGCCAUCGAGCAGGCCGACCUACUGCAGGAGGAUGCCAAAGAUGCAGAGACGCCUCGCAGCGUGCUGGAGGAAAUUGGACUCACAUAAACAUUUUGUCCAUCGUGAUCGUCGUGCUCUGGCCUCAGACCCCGUCAUGUGCUGGCCGCCGUGCUUCGAGCCGACACAAUCACACAUCCUGAUUAUUGCAUCAUGUUUACAGGUUUUUCUAUUUCCUUCUCAGUUAUUUCAGUGGUCGGAGUGAAAAUAUGAAAGAAAAACAGCUAUUUGUUCCACGUUUUCUGUCAAAUAACAGAACAGACUGUCGUAUUAUCCAAAGGGAAGUCAAAAGUAUUAUUAGAACCAAAGAGCAAUGCCUCAUCAUUGGGAAGUCAUUAACGGCUUAUAGUUUUAAACUAAAGAUCUGUUUGACUUAAAAAUGCGCUCACUGUGAUUACUCAUUAAUGCACCACUGUUCAGACUGGAAUAAAAGCUGUAUUCUCUUAGUUUAAAAGCUCACGCCACCCUGAUGGGUUCAGUGUUGGCUUUACAAUUAGCCGAUUUAAAGUUGAAUGCCUUAAACCUCCCGAUGAGUAUAUGAGAAUUUAUCCGUUUUGUAAUGCAACUAUGUAGCAGGGAAACGAGCUGGACUGGUGUUUUUGUUUGUGGAAAGGUGCGAGAAUCAAGAUAACUGUUGUUUUUCUUUUAAUGUUUACAGCUGCGGUGUGUUUCAUGUAUUUUGUGUUGUAUGACUAAAAAUAAAUCAGACAAUGCAGCAACGCUCCCCCUCACUGAAAUAAGUGAACUAAUCGACAGUAUUGUACAUGCUGACUUAGGAAUGGUGAGAUUCACAGUAACACGGGGGCAAGACAUUUAGCAGUUUUUGGUCAUGACACAAUGCCUGACUAUUACUCACAUGAUUUAGCUGCAAAGAAGGCAGAGUGUAAAUAUCAGAUUUAUGUUGAUGUAAACCUUAAUCUCCCUGAGAUUAAUUGAAAUGUUCUUUCCUGUCUCACAGCAAACCAAAAUAUCUGGAUGUUGCUGAACUAAAUGUGGUAGCCAGUUACUCAUGCUGGGAUAAUGUGAUUUUGUUACACAGAUUAGAAAAACGUAACGUGGUUCAGUGAUUUAAUUCAUUAGUUAAUCUUGUGCGUGCAGUAUACUAUGACGUUUGGGACAAUUUCAUCCUCCCAACAUUGUAGGUACAGUUUGAGGAAGCCACAUUUCUGCUUUAACAUGACUAUAAACUGGUACACAAAGCAAGGUCCAUAAAGACAAGGAGGAGGGCCUCUGGUGAGAAAAAAAAAACUUGACCGGCCUGCUCAGAGUCCUGACCUCAACCUGACAGAACACCUUUGGGAUGGAUCAAAACGCAGAUGAUGAGCCAGGCCUUCUCGUCCAACAUCAGUGUCUGACCUCACAAAUGCGCUUUUGGAAUAAUGGUUCAAUAUUUUCAUAAACACAUUCCUAAACUCUGUCCAAGGUUCUCCCUAGAAGAGCUCAAGCUCUAAUAGCUGUGAACCAACAUGUGAAACUAUUAAGCAGUAAUAUGGUGUGACAAAAAAAAAAAAUCCCAUGUGUCUGAAGGGAGACGACCAAAUACUUUUGGCGAUAUAGUGCAUGUGACAGUAAUGGAUUAAUAUAAAUUAUGGGUUUCACUUCUGAACCAAAUGGCUGGAAAAAAAAAAGCAUUUCAGUGAUAUAUAUUCCCCAUUUAUCAAGAGGCACCUGUAACUAUAGCAGUCACACACGUAGCUGAAAUGUAUAUUGAAAAUACUUUCUAAAUAAAUAGUGUUCAUCGUAACGAUAAACGUUAAUCAUCCUGAACAAUGACUCAAGGAUGACACACUGUGGAGCAUGUAAACUACCUACUAACCACUGUGAUCACAGAAAUGUAAACAAAUAAAGAAACCUUCAGGUGGUCAUAUUGUCUGUUACAAGAAGCAAUAGAACCAUAAACCUUCACGGUGAGUGUGGAAAGUGCUUUAAGGCUUUGAAACUGUCACUUUUAACCAUUCGGUACCCAAAGGAUGCCUUGGACGUAGGACUGUACAAAUCUCUUGUUGUAAAUUUGCAUUCUUCUGUAUAUCCUGUAUGUUUUACAUGCUGAUAAAGCCUAAAUUCUGCUGUUUACAUGUUUUCUCUAACUCCUGACGAGCGGUUUGUGUGACAUAGAAUCUACGGCCCUCUGCGUUGUGUUUACAGUGAAAUAAAACCCGGACAUUAUCAGA